GUGAUAGAUUAGAUAGACUGCCACCUGAUGACGGUAUCGUGCAAGUUGAUUGGUUCAAUCGCAGCGGGGAUGGGACGGGUGGCGCUGUGCAGAGGUGGAUGAGAGCUACCAAUGACCAGCUGUCACAGGUCAGACAGUUGGGUGAGGCCGGCCUGCUGUUUGGUAGCGUGUGUGACCUGGGCUGACCCGGACGAACCCAUGGUGGCUACUUGACAGCAACAUUUCCCGGAUCAAGCAAACGCGAUGAUCGAACACCUGACGUUAUUUGCAAGAAAGCACGGCCUGCUUUGCGAAGAAUGUGUCUCCAACUGUCCGUUGGUGAUUGAUGGCAAUGAUCUCAUGAUAUCACUGAAAGAUUGGUGUUAUGAUGAAACAGACAAAGGAGGCAUCUACCAAAAUUAUGCCGGGAACGUGGCAAUGUUCUUCUGCGAUUUGCAAAGAUGCGGGAUUUUUCCGGUUGUGCUGCUCCAUGAUGAGCUGCCCGUCAGGCUGGGUAUAUCGCCGGAGGUCUUGGAAUUUGACUCAGAUGUUAUACAGCAAUCAUACAAGGAUCACGGCCUUCUACUCGCUGAGGAUGAUAACAGUCAGCUGCUUUACGAAAACAUAUUUUUGCAGGUACUUCGGCGCCUGGAGAUACCGCACAUCGUCUGUUUGAAUGAUGCCACCGCCGAGUUCACUGCGCUGGCCCGAAAACUGGACUGUCCCAUCAUGGGAGAUCAGAGCAAGUACCUGACCCUGAACGUAGUCGCCGUCAAGAUACCCUGGAACAGGGCCACGCUCCGGCUUCGCCACCCGCCUCCGGGACAGACGGGAUUCUACAUGCCCUGUGACGUGUUCCGACCAGAAAGGUUCUUGAAGAAAUUCGGCAUUUCCGCCGAGAUGCUGCCUCUCGUCUCGACGAUCCCGAGCAUCGGUCCGCAUCCGCCAGCCCUGUUCGGCGCGUUCUUCGAGAAGCUUGAGGAGCAGUACGACUCAGCGGAGCAGGAGCCAUUCCGACGACUGGACCUACUGAUGCCCUGGCUCUCCGGCCAGGAUUCCAUCGAAGCUGCCCUGGAAGAGGUGCUCUGCAGAUGCCAAAUUUCCGAACAGGAAAAGUGGGACAUCAAAGACGAAAUUUUCCGAAUCAAGAGCUGUCAGGAAAAGAGCAGCCUCGAGUUUCUCCGGGACGCCAGGACCAUGAUGCUGCCCAAAGGGAUGGUGUUGUGCGACAUUGCUGCUGCUGUGGCUCCCCCAGCCCCCACUGAACCCACUCAAGCCCCCACUGACCCCACUCCAGCCCUCUCUAUCCGCCCCAUCCCUACCCGCAGGCCACCACUGUAUGACCCCACGCCACCCGCGGUUAAAACCGCCCCCGCCUGGGUCAAGUUCCCACAUCCGCCAGCGCUGCAACAAGCGGCAGCUAGCGGUGCCGUGCACACCAGUUGCCUCAGAGCCGUGUAUAAUGUGCCCAUAAUGUUACCACCGAUGGUGGAAGACCACAGUCUUCCGUUCAGCCGCAUGGCGGCUGUGCCGCUGCAGGCGAGACUCUCGGCGCUGCUGGGAGCUCCGACCCAGCCGCUGGUGCUGCUUGGCGUCCAUAGGGGCGAGAAUCACCAGCUGCUGGCCAGCUGCACGUGGGGCGCGCCGCUGCUGGAGCGCGUCCUGCUGGGAGACGAGCAGAGCCGACUCCGAGCGGCGCUUUGCACGCUACAGCUCCGGCCGAACACGCUGGACGCGCUGCCAGAGCUGCUGCGGCUGCCGGCCGCCGCGCUGGUCGAGUGGCGGCGGGUCACGAACCCCCGCAGCGGGCGAGGUCAGGUGACCGUCGUGCUGCUGACCCUGCUGGCGAUGACGCCGGCCGACACGCCGCCCUCAGCGCUGGGCCUGAGCGCUUCAGCGGCCGCCGAGUGGCGAACCCGAGCCUGGCCAUGGCGCUUUGCACAGCCUUCGAGAGGUCGGACGGACCGGAAAGCGAUGCACCUUCAGAACGAGCUACAGGAUGUGUACAAGACGGUGCUGAGCGUCAACGAGGUUUUGGACCAGCCCCUGCAGCAGCUGGAUGCGGUCGAUACGAUCCACGUGCCAAUGAUGAUGCUAUUGGGAGGCGAUGGCAUCACCGAGCCUGGAGAAGAGGUGAUGAGCCUGGUCGACGCAGUGGCAGACACUGUCGAGGAGGAGGUCCGCUGGUGGCUGGACAACGGACGACAGAACAGCGGCAGUGCAGGUGCUCCUGCAUGGACGCCUCCACACAGUCGCCAAGGUCCCUCCAGCUCGGAGCACCCGGAUCUUGGGGCAGUCCGAGAGCUCACCGGCCUCAUCAACAAGCUGACCGGCGAGAACGCGCCGCGCCUGCUGGAGAAGAUGCGCCACGUGUCGGUACAAACCGAGUACGGACUGUACGCGCUCGUGGAUGUUCUCUUCCGAGCUGUGCUGAAGAUGCCGCGACUGAUCGACAUUUGCGCUGACGCAUGCGCAGUGCUUGACAAACUCCAGGUGAAGUCAGACCGCAGAGACGGCACGGCCGUCAGCUUCGGCGACUUCAUGCUGACCCGGCUGUCGCGUGGCCUCGCGCCCGUCAACCGGAACACACUCUCGCGGGAAGACCUGCUGCAUCACCUGGAGACGGUGGAAGACCCCGCGGAGCGCCGACGCCAGCUGCGGGAGCUGACAGACUGCUGGCGACAGGCCGAGAGGCGGCGCUGCGUCUGCCUGCUGCUGCUGGCAGCGCUCAUCCGCCGAAACCUGGUUCCACUCCGGGCAGCAGGGAGCUGCUUUAGCGAGCUGGUGUACGAGCUGAAGCCGAAAGGUAACAGGCUUCGCAGUGUGAAGCUGUUCGAUGACGACAGCGGCCCGGGGAUGAACGCUGUGAAGGAGGCUGCCGAGGAAAUAGUCAACUUCAUCCUAUCUUUAACAAUGCAGCCUAUUCAAUGGAAAACUUACAUGCAAGAAGUUUACGACCAAUUCGCUAUGAACGACUCAACGGAGGAUGGUGACUCCCAGUCUCCUGACGAAGAACCUGAAGCUGGUUGCCAGCCUGAGGCGGAGGGGGAAGCACGAAAGACGUCCCUAGGAAGUACAAAGGAAGUUAGCUCACCUACGGAAGGAGCUGACGUGAGUCACGAGACUGUACUUGCUGAGGUGCUGUACGAGCCGGGGCUGAAAGGUUACAGGCUUCUCAGUGCGAAGCUGUUCGAUGAGGAGAGUGGCCUGGAUAUGAACCAUUUUAAAAAAGUCUUCGAGGAGAUCAUCGGCUUUAUCUCACCUCCCGAGAAGUGGGCUAUGCCGCACAAACCUGGCUUCCGAAGGGCCUUUUACCGAUUCGCUAUGAACGACUCAACAGAAAAUGAUGAUUACCAGUCUUUUGAGGAAGAACCUGAAGUUGAUGGCGAGCCUGAGGCAGAGGGGGAGGCACGAAAGACGUCUCUAGGAAGUACGAAGGGAGAUAGCGCAUCUUCGGAAAGAGCUGACGUCAGACACGAGGCUGAGGAAAACUAUGAGGCCGUGAAAGGGGUAACGCUAUCCCCGGAUGGUGGCAGUGCGAACACACAAGAAGUGCCUUAAAAGUGUGACACUUGGGAAGAGAACACUUUCAAAAGUUGACGCGUUCGCUACACGCAAGAGAGCUUAGUCUGCGGCAGAUCCCAAGGCAUCAUUUGCUGUGAAGGUAAAGUACUGCUUUAUGUGAUGUCAUUUAAUUUUUCUCAGAUGAGCGUUGAUAUGCCGACUUGUGAUACAAGAUAAUGAAACGUUGUACUAUGUUAAGAGCUUAUGCUCUCUGAACAAGAAAAGAGACAAUGUUUCUUAGAAGUUGGAUGCAGAUGAAAGAUGAAACAGUCAAAGGUGAGAAGUGAUGCUGAUGGGAGAGGUCGAGGACGAGUAGUUGUUGCGAUGUGAUGUUACCUGAAGAAGCCAUGACUCGUGGAGGGUGGGAGAAAUUCUUCUGACCACAGCUUUUUGUUUGCUCUGUUGGUGAUGUGCUGUGAUAAUCGACACAAAUGGUGUUAAUUUGUGAGAUUGUUUAUCGUUGCGAAUGACUUAUCAAAGUGUGUGAUGGAUAGUACGAUAUAUAAAGGAAUUUCAUCUGUAUUACAGCACUAUCUAUGUGCAAAUGCUUCUAGUUGUGUUGAGGAUUAUGUUCGUUCUGUUGUGAGGGACGCCCAGUGAUACAUUUUCCAGACGAC